UGGUCAGCCUGGAGGUCCUGCUUCUCAGUCAACAUGAAGGCUCUCCUCAUUCUGGGGCUUCUCCUCCUCUCUGUCGCUGUCCAGGGCAAGAUAUAUGAGAGGUGUGAGCUUGCCAGAACUCUGAAAAUGCUUGGAUUGGAUGGCUAUAGGGGAGUCAGCCUGGCAAACUGGGUGUGUUUGGCCUAUUGGGAAAGCCAUUAUAACACACAAGCUACAAACUACAAUCCUGGAGACCGAAGCACCGAUUAUGGAAUAUUUCAAAUCAAUAGCCACUACUGGUGCAAUGACGGCAAAACCCCAGGAGCAGUUAACGGCUGUGGUAUACUCUGCAGCGCUUUGCUGCAGGAUGACAUCAGUCAAGCUGUAGCAUGUGCAAAGAAGAUUGUCAGUCAGCAAGGCAUUACAGCAUGGGUGGCAUGGAGAGCUCAUUGUCAAAACCAAGAUCUCAGGCCUUAUAUACAGGGUUGCAAACUAUAACUGUGGAGUUUUCUUUCUUCAGCUCAUUUUGUCUCUUUUUCAAAUUAAGGAAGUAAUAGUUGAGUGAAAGGUCAUUCUACCAUUCUUUCAAACAAACAGUGUUUCUACAGAAGCAGGAACAUAUGGUUUUUCUUCUAUGAGGCUUAAUGAUUGCCCCAUGUGUUUAUUGUUUGAUAUUAGGCCAACAAUAUUUUUCAGUUUGCUAAUAGAACUAAUGCUGGUAUAUGCAGAAUAUAGAAAAAUAUUACAAAUCAACUGGUUUGCAAGGCAGAAAUAGAGACAAAGAUGUAGAGAACAAACAUAUGGACACCAAGUGGGGAAAGUGGAAAAGCUUGGGGGGGAAAGAAUUGGGAGAUUGGGAUUGCCAUGUAUACAUUGCUAAUAAGAAAAAAAACUACCAAAUUGUACACUCUAAAUAUAUGCAGUUUAUUGUCUAUUAACUGUAUCUCAAUAAAAGUUUUUUUAAAAAAACUAAGGCUGGUGAAUAUUUCUCUAAAAUCUUAAUUAUCAAAUAUAUCUGCAGUACAUCCAGUUCCUAAUCAAAGGAAUAACCCAGACUUAAUCUUGAAUGAUGCAAGCACUCCCCAAUAUGCAAUACAAAUAUAACAAAAGAAUAUCUUUAUACAAAUUGAUCUUAGGCAAAAUCCCAGCUGUGUACGCAUGUGACCCCUUCAUCUGUUCUGUCAUCUGCAAAAAGAGUAAAAGAGAACCAGUCUUUGUUGGGCAGUAUACAAUUUAAACAGGAGCAGAAUGCCCAAUGGCUAAAAAUGAAAACAGCCUGAAUUAAGAAUCUGGUUCUCAUAAAGUGUGACCUUUGGCUUAAAUGUUUUCUUAGAAAUGCUGCAUUUACACAGCUUUAAAAAUAAAAUCACAAUUUACACAUCAGUCUAUUUUAGCCCCUUUUAAAGAACUCAUUUAUGCAUCUUGCUGAUCAUGAAGGAAUAUAAGGAGGGAUUAGAUGGGCAGUUGCUUUUCCUUAAUGUUAUUAACUUAGAUUUAUGCGUUAUGACUAAAUUCAGAGGCAGAUGAGU